GAUGAAAUUUUGAAACUUAAUGAAGACCCGAAGGUACAUGGGCUUGUCCUCCAUUUGGCCGAAGCCAACAGCAAAGUACUGAAUGCAGUGAAACCAGAGAAAGAUAUAGAUGGAGUCACAGAUGUAAACCUCGGUAAGAUGGUUCGUGGCCAUUCUCAGGAGGGUUUCAUUUCUCCCACAGCUAGUGGUGUGAUAGAGCUACUAGAACAUUUAGCUCAUUUGUCUUUGGAGGGGAAGAAGGUGUUAAUAGUUGGAGCUGAUGGCUCACUUGAAGCUGCCUUGCAUUGUCUACUACAAAGGAAAGGCGCCAUGUCAAUGACCUGUGAUUGGCAAACUCCGCACCUGCAGAAAAAGCUUCAUCAAGCCGAUAUUGUGGUUCUUGGCAGUAAAAAACCGCAGGAGAUUCCAGUCAGCUCAAUCAAGUCAGGCAAAAUUGUCAUUAACUGUUCUCCUAUAGUCUUAUCAGGGGAUUCUGACAUUCACUACAAUGAUGGAAUUACUAGCCAAGGUGUGGGACCAGUAGCCGCAGCCUUAAGGAUGCAGAAUCUAGCGGAAAGCAGCCGAAGAUGGAUUCAAGCUCAGCAAUAUAAAAAGUGGAAUCUGCAUUGUUUAAAGCUUCAACCCCUGUCCCCAGUACCGAGUGAUAUUGAGAUUUCCCGUGGACAGAGUCCAAAAGCUGUUGAAGUCCUUGCCAAGGAGAUAGGAUUGCUUGCAGAUGAAAUUGAAGUCUAUGGCCGUUCCAAAGCCAAAGUGUGUCUGUCCCUUUUGGAAAGGUUGAAAGAACAGCCAGACGGAAAAUACGUCUUGGUUGCUGGAAUUACACCUACGCCCCUUGGAGAAGGAAAAAGCACAGUUACAGUUGGGCUUGUGCAGGCACUAACUGCACAUAGCCAUGUCAAUUCAUUUGCUUGUCUGAGGCAACCUUCACAAGGACCCACUUUUGGAGUCAAAGGUGGAGCUGCAGGAGGUGGUUAUGCUCAGGUCAUCCCUAUGGAAGAGUUUAACCUUCAUCUGACCGGUGACAUUCAUGCAAUCACAGCUGCUAACAACUUGCUGGCUGCUGCCAUUGAUGCACGGAUUCUGCACGAAAACACACAAUCUGACAAGGCUUUAUACAAUCGUCUGGUACCAUCCAUUAAUGGCGUACGGGCAUUUUCUCCAAUCCAGAUUUCUCGUUUAAAGAAACUAGGAAUAAACAAGACCGACCCUUCAUCGCUGACUACUGAAGAGAUUAGCAAAUUUGCCAGACUUGACAUUGAUCCUUCCUCAAUAACGUGGCAAAGAGUGGUGGACACAAAUGACAGAUUUCUCCGCAAGAUCACGAUUGGGCAAGCUUCUACAGAAAAAGGGUUUGUCCGACAGGCCCAGUUUGACAUCGCUGUCGCAAGUGAAAUUAUGGCUAUUCUGGCACUGACCGACAGCCUUAAAGACAUGAAGGACAGACUGGGGAAGAUGGUUGUCGCCAAUGACAAGAAAGGACAUCCUGUAACAGCAGAAGAUUUGGGUAUUACCGGUGCUUUGACAGUCCUAAUGAAAGAUGCCAUUAAACCAACUUUAAUGCAGACAUUGGAGGGCACUCCAGUAUUUGUUCACGCAGGUCCAUUUGCAAAUAUUGCUCAUGGAAACUCUUCCGUUUUGGCAGACAAGAUUGCACUAAAGCUGGUGGGAGAAGAUGGCUAUGUUGUGACUGAAGCUGGUUUCGGAGCAGAUAUAGGAAUGGAGAAGUUCUUCAACAUCAAAUGCAGAGCCUCUGGACUGGUUCCGAAUGUUGUUGUUCUUGUUGCAACAGUUAGAGCUUUAAAGAUGCACGGAGGGGGACCCAAUGUUACUGCUGGAACCCCUCUUGCAAAAGAAUACAUAGAAGAGAAUCUCCAACUGGUCCAAGCAGGAUGCUGCAAUCUACAGAAACAAAUACAGAUAGCUCAUCAGUUUGGAGUCCCUGUUGUGGUGGCUUUAAAUGUCUUCAAAACGGAUACUCGCUCAGAGAUUGACCUUGUGUGCAAAAUUGCAAAAGAAUCUGGGGCCUUUGAAGCAGUUCCAUGUAAUCAUUGGUCAGUUGGCGGCAGAGGAGCCGUUGAAUUAGCUCAGGCUGUAAAAGGAGCUGCAAGUCAGAAGACUAACUUCACAUACCUGUAUGACCUGGAGCUUCCCAUUGUUGAAAAGAUCAGAACUAUUGCUCAGCAGGUGUAUGGUGCUGCUGAUAUAGAGCUGUCUCCAAAGGCCCAAUCUAAAAUAGAAGUUUACAGCCAACAGGGCUUUGGUAACCUUCCAAUCUGCAUGGCAAAGACACAUUUGUCCUUGUCACACCAACCAGAGAAGAAAGGAGUACCUACUGGUUUUAUCCUACCAAUAAGUGAUGUACGGGCAAGCAUCGGUGCCGGCUUUAUUUACCCUCUGGUGGGAACUAUGAGCACCAUGCCGGGAUUACCCACAAGACCCUGUUUUUAUGAUAUUGAUCUGGAUACUGAGACUGAGGAGGUCAAGGGCUUGUUCUAAGCAGUGGUAAGAUAUUUUGCCCUGCCUGCUCUAGGAAUGUCUGUGUGAGUUGACAAAAUGCUUACUACUAAGAUUUCUCAGAAUACCAACCGGAUCAGAGGAAAAGAACGCAAACUCUUUCACAGUGCUGUUUUGCUAAGGUUGCAAAUGCUGCACAGCUAUAGGGAGCAGCUACUUAGCUUUUAGUGUAUUUUGUUUACCUUAAGGAGAGAGAAGAGAAUUUUCUUGCACUGAUUAAUGCCAAAGAAAAUGAUGUAAAACGCAGAAAAAUAAAAGGAUGAUUGUAUUGUGAAUGCUAAAUGUUUUGUUUGCAAAGAAGCCUUAUUUUUUUUUAGUUUUUUUUUUUUAGAACCUUGAUGCCCCAGAACAUGGAAAUAUGCAAAUAGGUGCAUUGUGCUUUACAAAAAAAAUAACAAACCUAUAAUUCUCUAGGUUACACAAAUGGUUAUAGACUGCCACUAUUUAAAGGGACGUCCUGAUGAAAAAAAUGCAUGCUUUAAGCACUGUAGCACCUACGUGCGACUGCUGCAGUUAAUGGGAUCAUAUGCCAUUGUUUUUCUGGGGAGAUGGAAUUCUCCUAAGCAGAACUUUAUAUAUGUGUAUAACCAGUUUGUGGAUUUGCAACACAUAGCUAUGACUAGUAACCAGUAUAAGCUUUAACAAAUCAUGUAUUUUUUACAUUAAUAAUACCCUCUUCUCUCAAACCAGCACUAAAGUUUUAUCAGUUUAAUGGAUGUUUUAUUUUUUCCAAUAAAAUUCUAUGGUCAAUAAUGUUCUCCCACAUUUAACGGAUUUAGUGAAUAAGCAAAAAAAAUUAAUCUAAAAUUUAUUUUAGAAUUUAAAUGAAUAAUAUGGUGCAAAUAUUACAUGUUGUUAUUCUUUCUUGCAUUUAAAAAAACAAAUGUAAUUUGUGACUCAAAUUUACCAUACGUUUAAUCCUUGCCAAGACAUUAAACACAUAAGUAAAGUCUUACUCUAGAGCGCCAAGCCUCGGGGCUACUGAGCAGAACACAUUUGGUGACUGCCGAUCCUGACUUGCAGACUUACUGGCUGUGUUCUGCCCAGGUGCUCAAAGACUUUGCAAAGGUUAAACGCAUAGUGAGUUUGAGUCGCUAAUGAAAAAAAUUAAAUGCUAUAAAGAAUUAGAACAUGUAAUUUUUUGCAUUUCAGGCAUCUUUCAACGUAAGGUAUAUUUGUAAUUAAUUAAUGCCCUAUCACCUAUUUGGUAUUUUGCAGGAAUCUGGCGUUUCCCAUAGGUGCAGUAUUCUGAAGAUUAUUUUUUUUUUUGCCAGUUGGAGUGACCAUGCUAUAGCUGAUUGUGGGUUCUCACAUUCACAGCAGGUGUCACUGAGGGAGCGUUGGACAAGUGCCAGAUAUUUUUGGAGCUUUAAACACUUGAAGUGUAGAAUGAGUGGUGAAAGAAAUUAGUGGGUUUCUUGAAUUGGCAGGCAGCUAUGAAAUCUUCCCAGCUUUGGGUGUAUAAGCACUGAAGCAUGCCAGAUAGCUCACAUUACUUCUUUAUGAGUUACAGACAAGUGGUGUUUUUUUCUGUUUGUAUUUAUCAUACCAGAGGCCAGCUUUGUUUUUCUAUUUCUAUUUUUCAUCUGCAAAAAUAAGUUUGUUAAGCAUUAACUUUGAAAAAAAAUAAAAUAAACAAAACGUUUUUUUCA